AUGGAAAUUUCACGACAAAGUAGUUAUUCGUUGGAUGGUACCGAAAUGAUUAAAUCUGGAAAAAGUUCUAUAGAAGCCCAAAAUUUAGCAGAAAUACAAGCUGCUAUGAUGGAAGAGCUUGGAAUCAAGCGCAAGGAUGCACUUCCACUUGAAGAUUUAAUCAACGAUGUUAAAAUCGAUGAGGCUGAAAUGUUAAAGAAAUUAAAAUCCCCCAAAAAAAAUAACUCUGGUGUUAUUGCAUGGCAAAAUAUCAAAUUUGAUGAUAUAAAUCCUGCAGAAAGUGAGAUAGACUCAAUUGCAGAUGGCCAGCUCGCUCGGAUUAGGCGACGAGCCCUUAGCUUCAACGACCGUGGGAUCUAUGUAGCCAAUGGAGAUGAAAAAUAUCUUCGUCAGGGAAAACUUGAUCCUUUAAAUGAAGAACAAAAUGUAACAGCCAAUAACGGAAGUGACAAAAAAGAGAAGUGGAAGCAAGACUCUAUUAGUGGAAAACUUACUUCAUUUAUGCGAAGGAAUUCUGAUUUCCCAAGGAAAAACUUGUCACAAGCGCGUGCCUUUCCUAGUAGCCGUCAACAAUAUAUUGACAACAGCACAAAAAUUAAAAUGUCUAUAAAUCGUCUUCGUGAAAGCGUGGCGGGUAACCAUAAAUUAGCUGCCGAAAAAAAAUUACAGCCUCACUUAAAAGAUAUGAACCAUUCAGUUCAUCAGCCAAAAGAACCCCCCUUAACCCGAUCACAAACAAUCGGCCAAAAGUAUCCAACUAAACACAGAUCAUUGACAGAGUCAAGCGCUUGGGGAAAAUUAGAUGAAGAUGCUUUUCUUGCUUUCGCCAUUCAACCAAAAACUUUGGCUUCUCAAUUUAAGGAAAAUAAUGGCGAUAAAACUUCAACGCUUUCAUGUUAUGCAUCUUCUAAGGACGAAAAAACUUGCAGUACUCCAAAGUCCCCGCCAAAAAAAAGCUUAAAACCGCAUGACACUCAAAAAUUGGUCUCUAAUUUUAAGAGGGCUGAUAACUUACAAUGUAGAGAUCUUACACCCGAGAAACCACAAUUAUCAAAUUUAAAAUCAAGUAUUGUGAGUUCAUAUUCGAAAGAUAAAUCCCAAAAUAGAAGCUCGCCUAUAACGGAGCAGAUAAGAUUAGGAUCACUUCAGGACUCAAAGUGGGCUCAAAACAUAGAAAACUUUAAAAAUGAAAUCCAAUCCCCCGAAAAAUCUGUCUUAUCUUCCACUGACUGUAGGAUAAUCAAAGAGACGCGAGUGAAACUUCAAAAAAAUUCGGCAAGCGAACAAUCAGGUGUAGUAAGAUUAACAAAGAUACAAACCUCUGGUUGUGGUGAGAUUGAGCUCGUCCAAAAUGGAAAAUCUGUUGUCAAGGAAGUAAUCAGUGAGAACUCCCUUUUUGUGACGGACGCGAAUGAUGCUACUAGGACAACUAUCAUUUAUAAAACAGUUUCGAAGUGUAAAAAAGUCGCAACAUGGAAAAUUGCCUUCCAAACCUGUUACACGAAGGUUGAAUUCCAAAAACUUUACUUGAAUUUGCGAAAAGAAUCAAUCAUUGGCUCCAAACAAAUACCAGAGAAAAUUUCGCCCCGAAAAUCAACCUCGGGGUCUCGUGUAAAAGAGACAUCCCAAUCUAUACAGUCAAAUCUACUUGGACAAAAGAUAAUUUAUCCCCUAAAUCCCUCAAAAGAAGCUCAGAACUUUGAAGCUAAAACAAAUGAAAUCAAUUUGAUUGAUCUUGACUCGCCUGUGAAAUCUUCAAUCUCUAGCGCUUCAAAUAGCUCUAGUAUGAAUACCUCCAGCCAGGAUUCAGAUAAGACUAAAUUUUAUUCAACCACUCAGUCGCCCGAAAAUAAACGUCCUGGGAAGCGGCUUGACUUUAAUAACUUAUCAGAUGAUCUGAUAGAAAUAAGCGAUGAUUCCCUGGAAGUAGAACCUGAUAAUCUUGACAAAGGUAAAAUAAAUUUUUCUAUGGAUUGGCGAUUAUUAUUAUUCGCUAUAAUUUCAUUAAUUUUCUCAAUUUUAUUCCAAAUAGCUUAUAAUUUAGUGCAUUUCCUCCACGGUUCAGGAAAACUGGCUGAGAAUUCCUUAGUUAAAGCGAAAUCCUCCGCUUCACUCUCUCAAGAAAGACACAAAGGUACGAAUGAGUCGGGAAUCAUUAACGCAACUAGAGUGAAUAGUUUCCAACAUGAUUCAUUAAGCGCACAGGUAUCACCGGCUCAAUCAGUCACAAAAAAAUUUGCAAAUGCAAAUAGAGUAGAUCUUGGAAAUGACACAGUUAUGGGGUUUAAUGAAAAAUCAAAGGAACAGCGAGAUAAUAAUAUAGCAAGGAGGCCUGAUCGCAUAAAAAAAGGUUCAAUUGCUGCAAAGUCGACGCUUGAGGCUGUCAAAGACGAACGGCAAAUUUCAUUUCAUAAAACACCUUCUCGUCCGAUUAGUCCUUUUGAAAUUCCUAAAUUGUCAGAACUAACGAGCUACAAGUAUGAAAAAAGCAAGAAGUGUUCGGGAGACAAGACUUGUACCUCAGAUGCAUCCAAAAGUAAUAAUGACAACUCCGAUGGUAGUUAUGUUCUUUCUGACAUAACAAAUAUUUCGUCUUGCACUUCUGAAAUUUGUGGUCAGAAGCUACAAGCUACUGGUCCGAUCCAGAAUCAAAUGCACCGGAUUUUUCCUUCUCUGCAGUGGCAUCCAAAUCGUAUUAUCUACAAUAGAGAAGAAUUGUUGAGCUUAAAUAAUAUUGCAUCGAAUCAGAGAGAACACGAAAUAAAGAUCGAAAAUGAAAUCCUCAAUUUUAUCCGACCUGCCAGCAAGGUCAAGAAUUAUGUCAAAGAUCACUUUAAGGAAGUUGAAUCAGAGAAUGGCGGUUCUGUUAUCUCAUUAAAUUCUGAAUGCCCGUCAGAAUACAAUUUCCGAAAUUGCAGCCAAAUAUAUCAAGUCUAG